GAAAUCCACAAACUCUUACCUAAAUUAGUUUGGGCAGUUAUUCCUCUCCCCUCAGGGGUAGUAUUUUACUCAUUUAACAAUUUAACUCUCGAUUACGCCAAUGAAAACGGAUCUUCCGAGGAGUACUUGAACGCAGCACCACUCCACUGCUAGCUGCCAGCGUUACCAUCAGGCUAAAGCGACCCAGCUGCUCUGAAAGAUGUCUCGGGAGGAGCUGGUCGUGCAGCGGGCGAGGAAGUCCUUCCUGACCGGGAAGACCAAACCUCUGGAGUUCAGGAUCCACCAGCUGAAGUGCCUGAAGCGCUUCAUCACAGAGAGACGAGGGGACAUCGCAGAUUCAGUUAAAAAAGACCUCGGAAAGAGCGAGAAGGGGACCGAGCUGUUCGAGACCAUUGGUCUGGAGGGGGAGAUCGAGCUGGCUGUGGAGAAGCUGUCAGAGUGGGCGGCUCCUCGCCCCGUGGAGAAGAACUUCCUCACCAUAGCAGAUGAGGUUUACGUGCAGCCCGAACCUCUGGGAGUGGUGCUCAUCAUCGGGGCCUGGAACUACCCGUGGGCCGUGACCCUGCAGCCGCUGGUCGGAGCCAUCGCAGCGGGUAAUGCAGCCGUGAUAAAGCCGUCAGAGGUCAGCUCUCACUCUGCGAAGGUCAUGGAGGAACUCCUGCCUCAGUACCUCAACAAAGAUCUGUACCCGGUGGUGACGGGUGGCGUGUCAGAGACUCAGGAGCUGCUGAGGCAGAGGUUCGAUCACGUCUUCUACACGGGAAACAGCACGGUGGGCAAGCUGGUGAUGGAGGCCGCGGCCCGACACCUGACUCCUGUCACACUGGAGCUUGGGGGGAAGAGUCCCUGCUUCAUCGACAAGAGCUGUGACAUCACGGUGGCGUGUCGACGCAUCACGUGGGGGAAGUUUGUAAACUGCGGUCAGACCUGCAUCGCUCCGGACUACAUCCUGUGUGAGCCGUGCAUCCAGAGCAGAGUGGUGGACGAGAUCAAGAAGUGCAUCAAGGAGUUUUACACGGAAAACCCAAAAACCUUUGAGGACUACGGGCGAAUCAUCAACCAGCGACACUUUAAGAGGGUCAUGUCUCUGAUGGAGGGGAGCACGGUGGCAGUCGGGGGAGACAACGAUGAAACUGAGUGCUACAUCGGUCCCACCGUGCUGCAGGACGUGACGGGAGAAUCCAAAGUGAUGCGGGAGGAGAUCUUCGGUCCGUUGCUCCCGAUCAUCUCAGUGAGCGGGGUGGACGAGGCCAUCCAGUUCAUCAGUGAGAGAGAGAAACCUCUGGUGGUGUACGUGUUCUCUCAUGACAACAAGCUCAUCAAAAGAGUGAUCGCUGAGACAUCCAGCGGAGCUCUGCUGGCUAACGACUGUUUGGUCCACUUCACCGUCAACGCUCUGCCGUUCGGAGGAGUGGGGAACAGCGGCAUGGGCUGCUACCACGGCCGGCACAGCUUCGACCAGCUCAGCCACCUGCGCAGCUGUCUGAUCAAGCAGCUGAAGAUGGAGGGUGUGAACGUUAUGCGUUACCCUCCUCACACAGACAAGAAGCUGGGCUGGGCUCGGUUCUUCCUGCUGAAGAGGCUGAACAUAUGCAGGCUGCGGCGCAUGUUCAUGCUCACCGCGUUGGCUGGUCUAGCAGCGUUUGUGAUUCAGAGAUUUCUCAGGUGAGGAGGAGGAGGAGGAGGAGCUGAAGGCCUGAGGUGAUACCUGUGCAGGUGGAGGCGACACUACCCUAUAUCACCGUCCAUAUCAUUUCUAAUCAUAAAAAUAUUUGUAUCUUAUUUAUAUCUUUUAAAAAACGUCUUUAACAUUUCAUUUAUUUUACAAAAUAUCCUGUUGUCCUAGUUUGUAUUGUUUAACAUGAAUUUAAUGCACAGUAAUGUAUAAUAUUUACAUUUAUCUGAAUAUAAAACAUGAUUUAAGAUUCUAAGAAGCUUCCUCUGCUGAGGGAGCGAGCUGUUUCUGAUGAUUCAUUGUACAGACAGAAAAUCAAAGCACGCACAACAACCUGUAAGAUAAUCACUGUAAGAUGUUUUAAAAUCUUUCGUCAUCUUUCAUUGUAGUUCACACUUUCUGUUAUUAAACAUAAACUUCCACUGAAACAGCUGA